UUUUCGUCCUAAAAAUAUUUCUUGAGAAAUUUUAAAUUUAAAAAAAAAAAAAAAUCGAAAGAGGAGCGGGUGAGGAUAUGGUGGGUGUGGAUAUAAGGUUUAUCAAUCUCUCCCGCAGAUAAAUCAGCUAGUGAGAGAGCACUGGGAGUGAGUGGGUAAGAUUUUACUAAACUCUCGACAACCAUGGCUUCGUGCAUAGCAGCAGCUUCUACAAUCUCUGUUCGCCCCAACCCUAAAGCAGCCCUCAACAUUUCCCCCAAAUCCAGACAAACCCUAGCUGCAUCGGCUACUCCUUUUUUCAAUUCCGCCGCUCUUCGCAAAUCAUUUCAAUCUCUCUCCGUCUCUUCUCGCUCUCCUCGCAGCUUAGUCGUCAAGGCUAGUGAGCUUCCCCUGGUUGGAAAUGUGGCUCCGGAUUUCGAAGCUGAAGCUGUUUUUGAUCAGGAAUUUAUCAACGUUAAACUGUCCGACUAUAUUGGAAAGAAAUAUGUAAUUCUCUUCUUUUAUCCGCUGGACUUUACCUUUGUUUGCCCAACUGAGAUUACUGCAUUCAGUGACCGUCAUGCUGAGUUUGAUAAGAUAAACACCGAGAUUUUGGGUGUUUCCAUAGACAGCGUGUUCUCCCAUCUUGCAUGGGUCCAAACUGACAGGAAAUCAGGAGGACUUGGUGAUUUGAAUUAUCCAUUGGUAUCUGAUGUAACCAAAUCCAUCUCUAAAGCUUUUGGUGUGCUAAUCCCGGAUCAGGGAGUUGCAUUGAGAGGACUUUUCAUCAUUGACAAGGAAGGGGUGAUUCAGCACUCCACCAUUAACAAUCUUGCUAUUGGGAGAAGUGUUGACGAGACCUUGAGAACUCUCCAGGCAUUGCAAUUUGUGCAGGAGAACCCAGAUGAAGUAUGCCCAGCUGGAUGGAAGCCUGGUGAGAAGACCAUGAAGCCAGAUCCUAAACUAAGCAAGGAAUUCUUUGCAGCAGUAUAAAAGCAAUAACAGGUUGUUUGUACCUGUGCUGCUGUUUAUAGAGGUUGUAGCAUGUUCGGUUCCAGUGUAACUUUAUAUUACAAUCCUACUGUUGAGUUUAUUGAAGUAAAUUGUGGCGAUAAAAUGCAAAGCUUGGUAAUUUGUUUGUACACAAGUUUCCAAUUUUCUUUAUAAUUAAUAAAUGUUAAAUAUUGCACAUUA